UCAUGCUUUUUCACCGGAAGUCACAUUGGAAGAACAAGUUAAUGAGCCCACACAUCAUCUUCCUCUCCCAGAGCACCUUGACAGGAUCAAGCCAUCUCUGCGGGACCCGGCUCUGCCAUGAAAUCGCUCAUGCCUGGUUCGGCCUAGCCAUUGGGGCCCGUGACUGGACGGAGGAGUGGCUGAGUGAAGGGUUCGCCACCCACUUGGAAGAUGUAUUCUGGGCUCAAGCACAGCAGCUGGCCCCCCACGAGGCCCAGGAGCAGCAGGAGCUGAGGGCCCACCUGCGCUGGUAUCGCCUCCGAGACGAGACGCGGAACUCCCCGGAGGAGAUGCAGGUGUUACGGCCUAGUAAAGAGAAAACUGGCCAUGUGAGUGAUUCAGGAGCAUCUGUUAUCAAGCAUGGGCUCAACCCAGAGAAGACCUUCAUGCAGGUUCAUUAUUUAAAGGGCUAUUUUCUUCUUCGGUUCCUUGCCAGAAGACUUGGAGAGGAAGCCUAUUUUUCAUUUUUAAGAAAAUUUGUGCACACAUUCCAUGGGCAGUUGAUUCUUUCCCAGGAUUUCCUUCAAAUGUUGUUGGAGGACAUCCCAGAAGGAAAAAGGCUUGAGUUGUCUGUUGAAAACAUCUUCCAAGACUGGCUUGAGAGUUCGGGAAUACCAAAGUUUCCACGCCUCUUAGAACCCCUUGGCCUGCCCAGACUUCCCUGCCACUCGAAUGCUAAACCUAGCGAGAGCCUGGGACCGUCUAGUGCAUCGGUGGCAGCUUAUAGUGUAGACAAGGAUCUCUGCUGUAAACUGACGAAACCUGCUGUCAAAACAACCAGGUCUAGUGCAUCGGUGGCAGCUUAUAGUGUAGACAAGGAUCUCUGCUGUAAACUGACGAAACCUGCUGUCAAAACAACCAGAAUUCCUGUCCACCGGCAAUUGAAGUCAUUCGUGACAAGAGAGUCACGUUCUGCUGGCGAAGCUUUCAUUCCACAGUCUGUGGUUUUUGAACUUCAGGUCAUGAAAUGGCUUCAGGCGAACCGGAGACCCCGAAAACGGAAACGGAGGGAGAACGAAGAGGUGUUUGAAAAGCUUCUUCCAGACCAGCUGAUCUUGCUUUUGGAGUGUCUUUUGGAGCAGAAGACCCUGAAUGCCCGAACUCUGCAAAGCCUCCAGAGGACGUACCAGCUCCACGAUCAGGAUGCAGAGGUUCGCCAUCGGUGGUGUGAACUCAUCAUUAAGCACAAGUAUGCAAGAGCAUACAAAGACGUGGAGAGAUUCCUUCAGGAGGAUCAGGCCAUGGGCAUAUACCUCUACGGGGAACUGAUGGUAAGCGAGGACGCCAGGCAGCAGCAGCUUGCCCGCAAGUGCUUCGAGCUGGCCAAGGAGCAGAUGGAUAGAGCCUCCGCCGAGGUGGUGGCUGAAAUGCUCUUCUAAAAGGAAAGAUCACAGCGAGAUUCUCUUUCAUACGUCGUCUCCUCCUAGCCCUGGUGGGAGCAGGCCCGUGUGGAUCCAGGACAUCAAAGGGCAGAUUAUGUGGCUGCAAAGCCGUCGCCGACAGCACGGCUCACAUCUUGGUGCUUCUCCUUCUCAGAGGCUGGUCUCUUCUGGGCCCUGUAAAAGGCAGCACGUCAUAAACACUGUCUCCCACACAAGGGCCGUGGGCUGCCUUUGCCCCUCCUGGACAUGCCGCCUUGCACUGUGGUCUGCAGUGCAGCUCUUCUGCGUUCCUCCGUACGGGCCAGUCGGGACUGCUGAGAGAUGGUGAAGAAAGCCACCUGGACAGCUGCAUGUGGACGUGUCUGCCACUGCAGAAAGUCUCAGGGCUUCUCUGAUACUGGCACCAGUGAGCACCUGCUGGUGUCCUCAUCCAGAAUAUUCUGCAGAAUUAUUUUGACUUUGUCCAAUAUUUAGAUUUUUCCCCAAAACUUUAGUACCUGUUUCUAAAUGUGUAAGAGAACCUAAGAUAUAUUAAUAAAAUAGAAUGAAUUUGGA